AUGUCCACCCCUCGUCGCCAACGAGGCGACACCCUCGACAGCUCCUCCUCCACCCACUCGCCAAAUCGCAACGAUGACGGCCCGGCCUCCUACCUAGGCGCCGCCGCCGCCGAACCCAAGCCGACCUACGCCUCCUUCUCUCCAGCGACCCUGUCGUCAUCCCAACCCGUCUCAGCCGCCAAGCGACUGUCCACCAUCCUCGUCCACCAGAAGUCCCCGCUGCUCCUGGCCACACCUCCCCAGGUCACCCGCGCCCUCGCAUACAGCCACCCCUUCCUGCUGCCCUUGAACAAGCUCACCGGGCUGCUCAGCUGGACGACGGCCGAUCCGUGGGAGAGCUUCCUGUUGGUCGCUGUCUUCUGGGCCACAGUGCUGUACGGAGAUGUCGCAGUGCGCUUCGCAGGGCCGGUGGUGCUGGUCCUCAUUGUAAUACUCGGCAUGUAUGGAAGGCGGUUCAGCCCUCUGAGUAGCAGUGGCUGGAACGAGGACGGCGGUGCGGGAGGUGGGAAUGCUCCCAAAACUUCGAAGGGCAAGGGGAAGAAGGCACCGGCUGAGAACUCGGGUCCGGCAGCUGCAAAUGCGGCCGCGGGAACCGGGGGAGGACACCAUACGAGGGCCGGGUCGGAGGCCACAAACACAAAACAUCAAAAGACGCUCGACGAGAUCGUGGAAACACUAAAGGAGCUGACUGCGAGGUGUAAUAUCCUCAUGGAGCCCCUGUUGGAAUUGACCGAUUUCCUCAGCACCCAGCGCACGGCGACCAGUGCCACCACGAGGCCCGCCUUGACGACGCUGUUCAUACGGAUAUUGAUGUGCACUCCCUUUUGGGUCGCCUUAACCUUUCCUCCGUUUCGGAUCAUUUCCACGCGGAGGGUCAUCCUCGUUUUUGGAACCAUAAUACUCACAUGGCAUGCCAGAGUGGUCAAGGCGGGGAGAACAAUACUGUGGCGCAGCGCCAGCGUGAGGAAGUUCGCGGCACUCAUUACGGGCCUGGAUAUUGCUGUGCCGGAGAAAGCCAACAAGGACAAGAACAAGGGGAACGAGCACCCUACGUUCGAAAAGGAGCCGUCUAAAUCCAAGGGCGUAUCGUCAAAUGCCAGAGCUCAAGCACAAUCCGAGCUAACCAAGGCCAUACGCCGAGCCCGUGGGGCAACGGACGCCGGCGUCAGGUUCACCUUUAUCAUAUACGAGAACCAGCGCCGGUGGGUUGGGCUCGGUUGGACAAACAGUCUGUUCGCGUACGAGAGGGCAGCCUGGACUGACGAGCACAAUAAUCCUGUCCCGCCCAAGGACAAGUUCGAGUUGCCCGGGGUCGACGACGACAGCAGCAUGCGGUGGCGGUGGGUCCGCGGAAGCAGGUGGAGGGUGGAUGGCGUGUCGGACGAGGCGGCGAAUGGUGGGGCAUCGGGAGGUGCAGAGGCCGAGUGGAAUUACGACGGCGAGGCCGGGAAGAACGGCUGGAUAUUCUAUGACAACAAGUGGCAAAACGGUCGACGUGGUCAAGACGGCUGGGGGAGAUGGACGCGAAGGCGGAAGUGGUACCGCGACGCGGAGCUGGUGGAGGUGGACAGCGACGAAGAAACCGAACAAGCCAAGGAGCCUCCCCAAGAAUCCUCGCCAACACCUACUUUAGAACCACGGCCAUCCCUCCCGCCCCGGCCGAAGACACCUACCCUCGCGCCCCCUAUCACGACUUUCUCGCCGAACUACGAAACGAUGAGCAUGCCUGACCUUCAUCGGCCCAACGAUACUCUCAAAGAGAUCAAGGAGGAAGACGUUGAAAGCCCAGGCAGGGAUAAGACGGCCUCGGAAAGGGAAAAGGACGACGCGUCGUCUGUGCUGUCGACUUCAUCCCGGUCGAUGAAGUUAAUCCCCUCGCUGCGGCGCCGGGUCACUGAUAAUACCGCCGCCGCCGCGGCAGCAGGCAGCAAGCAACAUAGACGAGACGAAAGCGUCACCAGCAGCCCGCGGUCAGCUGUGGUAUCACCAUACUCUGUAGGCAGCCGGGCCCGGCGCACUAGUGAAGUGCAGAGCGAGGACGACCAGGCGAGUCUGGGGCCCGGGCUUGGGCUGGAGAUCUCCAAGGACCGGCGGGGUGGGUCCUGGGGAAUUGGCGAUGAGGCUGUAAUGGGGCUGGAGUAG